AUGCCUGAAGAAAUGCAAGACGUUGAGACCUUUGCCUUCCAGGCAGAGAUUGCUCAGUUGAUGUCCCUUAUCAUCAACACCUUCUACUCCAACAAAGAGAUCUUCCUCAGGGAGUUGAUCUCUAAUGCCUCUGAUGCUUUGGACAAAAUUCGUUAUGAAAGCUUGACUGAUCCAACCAAGCUGGACAGCGGCAAGGAUCUUAAGAUUGACAUCAUUCCCAACAAGGUCGAUCGCACCCUCACCAUCAUUGACACUGGCAUUGGGAUGACCAAGGCUGACCUGAUUAACAACCUGGGAACCAUCGCCAAGUCUGGCACAAAGGCCUUCAUGGAGGCCCUUCAGGCCGGAGCUGACAUCUCCAUGAUUGGUCAGUUUGGUGUGGGUUUCUACUCUGCCUACCUGGUAGCAGAGAAAGUGGUCGUCAUCACCAAACACAAUGAUGACGAGCAGUACGCCUGGGAGUCUUCUGCUGGUGGCUCCUUCACAGUUGCUGUUGACAAUGGAGAGCCCAUUGGACGUGGAACAAAGAUAAUCCUGCACUUGAAGGAGGACCAGACAGAGUACAUUGAGGAGAAGAGAGUCAAGGAAAUUGUGAAGAAGCACUCUCAGUUCAUUGGCUACCCCAUCACUCUCUUUGUGGAGAAGGAGCGCGACAAGGAGAUCAGCGACGAUGAAGGUGAGGAGGAAAAGGCAGAAGCGAAGGAAGACAAGGAGGACGGCGAAGACAUGCCCAAAAUUGAAGAUGUUGAUGACGAUGAGGAAGAUGACGCCAAAGACAAGGACAAGAAGAAGAAAAAGAAGAUCAAGGAGAAGUACAUUGACCAGGAGGAGCUCAACAAGACAAAGCCCAUCUGGACCAGAAACCCUGAUGACAUCACAAACGAGGAGUACGGGGAGUUUUACAAGAGUCUGACCAAUGACUGGGAGGAUCACCUGGCUGUGAAGCACUUCUCUGUGGAGGGUCAGCUUGAGUUCCGGGCCUUGCUCUUCAUUCCCCGCCGUGCACCUUUUGACCUCUUUGAGAACAAGAAAAAGAAGAAUAACAUCAAACUAUACGUCAGGAGAGUCUUUAUCAUGGACAACUGUGAAGAGCUCAUCCCUGAGUACCUCAACUUUGUCCGUGGCGUGGUGGACUCUGAGGACCUGCCCCUCAACAUUUCCAGAGAAAUGCUGCAGCAAAGCAAGAUCCUGAAGGUCAUCCGCAAGAACAUCGUCAAGAAGUGUCUUGAGCUUUUCGCAGAGCUGGCUGAGGACAAGGAGAACUACAAGAAGUUCUAUGAAGGCUUCUCCAAGAACAUCAAGCUGGGCAUCCAUGAGGAUUCCCAAAACCGCAAGAAACUGUCAGAGUUGCUGCGCUACCACAGCUCCCAGUCUGGAGAUGAGACCACAUCCCUCACAGAAUACCUCACCCGCAUGAAGGACAACCAGAAGUCUAUCUACUACAUCACUGGUGAGAGCAAGGACCAAGUAGCAAACUCUGCCUUCGUGGAGCGCGUUCGCAAGCGCGGCUUUGAGGUGUUGUACAUGACUGAGCCCAUCGACGAGUACUGCGUGCAGCAGCUGAAAGAGUUCGACGGCAAGAGCCUGGUCUCGGUCACCAAGGAGGGCCUGGAGCUCCCUGAAGAUGAGGAUGAGAAGAAAAAGAUGGAGGAGGACAAGGCCAAGUUUGAGAACCUCUGCAAGCUCAUGAAGGAGAUCCUGGAUAAGAAAGUGGAGAAGGUGACGGUUUCCAACCGCCUGGUGUCUUCACCCUGCUGCAUUGUGACCAGCACUUACGGCUGGACGGCCAACAUGGAGAGGAUCAUGAAAGCCCAAGCCCUCAGGGACAACUCCACCAUGGGCUACAUGAUGGCCAAGAAGCACUUGGAGGUCAACCCCGACCACCCUAUCGUGGAGACCCUGCGACAGAAGGCAGAGGCCGAUAAGAACGACAAGGCUGUGAAGGACCUGGUCAUUCUGCUCUUCGAGACCGCCUUGCUGUCCUCCGGCUUCUCCCUUGAUGACCCACAGACCCACUCCAACCGCAUCUACAGAAUGAUCAAACUAGGACUCGGUAUCGACGAUGACGACGUUCCCACAGAGGAGGCCACUUCCACAUCGGCCCCAGAUGAGAUCCCUCCACUAGAAGGUGACGGUGAAGAUGACGCUUCACGCAUGGAAGAAGUCGAUUAA